AUGUCUGGCAAGCAGGUUUUGACGUCCCAGACCGGAGCGUCCCUACUACGUGCAUCGCGAACUACGGCAGCUCCCGCAAUCAGACGGUUUCCAGCGGCGCAGCUAUACAGACACAACACAAAUUCUUCUUCGGGGAAAUCGACAGACGACGAUGAUAAGAGCAACACAAAGGAUGGGAACAAGGAAGAGGGGGCUAUGGCACGUCGCCUGUCCCAGAUGGCAGAGGACGCUUUGCUCGAGGGUGGGAGCUCAGCGCGCCGCAACAUCGAGCAGGCGGGGUUCUCGGAGGAUCUAAAGCGACAACUGGAAGAGCGAGUGAAGGCAGCAUCUUUCAAGAGUGAACAUCCUGCUGCCCACUCCAUACUCGACAUGCCCGCUAGCGCAGGCCAAGGCACACGGGACAACGCAGCAGCUCCUGUAUGGACAGGAAACGAGAGCUUACAAGACUCAGCUCUACGAAUGCUUGACGACGCGAGCAAACCGAUCCGAACCCCCUACCAAAUCCCUCGACCGGUCAAUCUCCAACCAGCCCCGAAGCCGAAGCUCUCACCCGGUGUCCGAAUCGCCCGAGCAAAGGAGCGCACAUCGAACUAUGCCUUGAGUCAAGGUCCUGGGUUGACUGAAGAAGAACGGGAAGUGAUCCGCAGCGAGAUGCGCGAGAAGUUGACGCCCGGCGCGACAGCUAUGCCCAUAUCUAUUCAGGGUCUUUCAUCGCUGGCGAAUGAACGAAUUGAAGAUGCGAUACGGCGAGGACAGUUUGAGAAAAUCCGUCGCGGUAAAGGGGUCAAUACUGAGACGGAUCACAAUGCCAACAGUGCAUUUAUCGAUACAACGGAAUACUUCAUGAACAAAAUCAUCCAAAAGCAAGACAUUGUUCCGCCGUGGAUUGAAAAGCAGCAAGAACUAGCCAUGGAGCUUCGCCGAUUCCGCCAGCGCAUACGUACCGAAUGGAGGAGACACGCCUCUAGACUAAUCGCUAGCCAAGGCGGGUCCUUGGAUGCCCAGAUGCAGCGAGCGAGGGCUUAUGCCGCCGCCGAGCUGCGUUUGUCGGAAAAAGCAAAGCUGGACGCAGCAUUGCGCGACAAAGAUGCCGGCAAAUCUGACGAGGCUGUGGUCUCAGAGAUAACAACCGAUGGCCGAAUUGUGUCCAAGGUUGAAGCUGAAUCCACAAUAGGUGAAAAGACGGAGGAACUACCUCAUCUGCCUCCGCUACGAGAUCCGCAAUACAUGGAGAUCGAGCGGUCUUACCACGAGCUUGCCGUGAAACAGCUGAAUGCCAUCACACGGUCCUAUAAUCUCCAAGCCCCUCGCUCUGCACAAAAACCUUAUACCAAUCUCGAGCGAGAGUUGAAGUCCUGCUUUGCAGAUGUUGCGCCUGGGCUUGCUGAAGAAAUACGGCGACGAGCAACAGAACGCGCCCGUGGCUCAAGCUCGCCGAUUGGGGCCUCAGCCAGUGCCUUUGGGUCUCUUGGUUCUGGACCGUCGGUACGUGUGUCUGAAGAGGACAAAAGCAAAGCAUACGGCUGGAAGGAAAUGUGGCGGGAUAUGUUUUCUAACAAGUAA